GGACUUGGCGUGCUUACCAUAAGUAUUGCGAGGACAACGCAGAGUGGGUUUUCACCAUACACAGGUGCGCCAACUUGAUACAGAAAGUCUGGAGGUCCUACCACGUACGGCGCGUCCGCAUGGACAAGGCCGCGGCCAUGAUCCAGAAGGUCGUGCGCGGCGUGCGCGCCCGGCUGAGGCUGCGGAACGGCAAGUCGGCGGUGGCCAUCCAGCGCAUCGCCAAGGGCAUGAUCCAACGCCGGAAGAUCGCCAAGUGGCAGUCCGCGGGCCUGCUGCUGACCAGCAUGGCGCGCGGAGGCCUGGCGCGGCGCAUGCUGCGCGCGAGGAGGGCCGUCCAGCGGCAAAACGUGGUGAAGAUCCAGUGCUGGGUGCGCAUGUACAUGGCGCAGCACCGGGUGAAGCGGAUCCGCGACGUAAGAAACCUGGAGCAGGCACGCCUGAGGGCGGCGGUGGACAUCCAGCGCGUUUUCCGGGGUUACCUGGGCCGGCAGCGGUAUUCCGUGGCCCGCAAGAAGUACGGCGAGGACAAGCAGAAGUACGACGCGGCCACGAAGAUCCAGUCGAUGAUGCGGAGGAUCUGGGCGUCCGACCGCGUGGAGGUUGUGCGCGGCAAGAAGCUCGAGGAGAUGAGCAGGGCCGCGACGCACCUGCGCAAGGUGUGGCUUGGCAUCAAGACGCGCAAGAGGUACAGGGAGCUGUUGGACGAGUUGGCGGAGAAGGUGGAGCAGGCCAUCACCAUUCAGCGCUACGUCCGCGGCUUCCUAAUCAGGAACCGCAUGUGGCGGGAGGCCGUGCGCCAGGAGGAGGAGCUCUGGGGCGCUCUCGAGAUCCAGCGGACCUGGAGGGGCUACCUCGGCCGCGUCAGGUGGGAGAACCAGUACGAGGCCGUGUGGCUCCGGGAGAUCAAGGCCGCGCACCUCCAGCGGGUGAUCAAGGGCUUCCUCGCGCGCAGACGGGUCGAGCGGACGAAGCGCCGAAUAGCGCGCGCGGAGUUCGAGCGCGCCCGCCUGCGCUUCAGGGCCGCCCAGCGCAUCCAGGCGAUGGCCCGCGGCGCGUUGGUCCGCAGGUCCUUCCAGCGCAGGUUCGUGCGCUGCGCGCGCGCGGUGGUGACGAUUCAGCGCUUCUGGCGCGGGCAUUUCCUGCGCGCCAACCUGUGGCUGGAGGUGCAGCACCUGCGCGCCACGAUGAUCCAGGCGGCCGUGCGCGGGUUCCUCGUACGCAGGCGCCGCCGGGUGGUGGCUGCGAAGAUGCUGUGCAUCCAGAACGCCUGGCGGCGCUUCAAGAGGCUGCCGGAGUACAAGCAGCAGCGGGCGAUCAGGGAGAUGCGGGAGCGCCGCGAGAAGGCGUUGGUGAUCCAGCAGGCCUUCCGCGCUCACGAGGAGCGCAAGCGGCUCACGCUAGCGGACGCGAGCGCCGCAGCAGGCCCCCCCGGUCUGGGGCCCUCCGGGCGCGGUGCGCUGCCUUGGCGGCGAGGCGUGCGGGCGGUGCUCCGUAGGAGCGCGCGCGCGCGCGCCGCCCGGGCGGCCAGUGGGCCAAACCGUGCCCCUGUUUUGGCGGGCCUCGCCUCGCCGCCUCGUCUUUUCCUUCGACGUUCUCCCGCCGCCGUCGUGUCGGGGGAAUCGAGGGCAAGGGAACCCUCGUUGGCCGCCCACCCCCCCACGCCCCACAAGCACUGAUUUGCGAGGGCCGCUCCCCCCCGCCGGCGGCUCUGGAGCCGCCGCCGGAGGGCGGCAGGGAAA